CCCCACUCCCUCCACGACCCCUGUGGCUCAUGGUGGGCUCACACCCAGCGUGCAUUCCUGGGCACCGGGGUGCCAGUGGACGCAGAGGGGAGGGCUGAUCUUCUGGAACUUACCUGGGCAUCCUCAGAACAGGAGCACUGGGAGCCAGAGGGAAAGUUCACGUUCAGACAACCUGAGAAGUUUGGAAAUCGCUUUGGAAGAUAAAUGCGGCUUAAAAAUAAACGCGGCCCCAGGCCCGGCAGCCCUGCCCGGGCGCUGGCCCCACGCCCACACAGAGCCGCGUGGAGGUGUUCAUCUCAGCUGCCGCUCACAGCCCCACCCGCCCAGUGCGCAGCGGACACGGAGCCCCAUGGCCGCACUGCACCCCUCCCGGUGGGUCUCCAGAGACUGAGGCCAACCCCACGGUCACACGGUUUAUACAGGGUGCCUGAGAUGACGAAUCUAUAGCAACGCAGUGCAGAUGCAGGCCGCCAGGAGUGCGGCCACACAGGGGACAGAGGGGCCCUCGGGGACGGACACGUCCGCUGUGGCGUUGGCGAGAUGUUUGCAGGACGUCUCCACUGGGGGGCUGGGAGCGUGGGCACUUGGUACUGCUCCUCACGGCAACGUGCAAGUCUGCAAUUAUCUCACGAAGUUAAUUAAAAGUAAAAUUUUAUAAAAACAACUAAAGGUGCCCCAGCCUUGGAAUCCUUGAGGUUCUCGUGCUGGUGGUGGCAGCAGCUGUGGGCUGUUGGCGUCGGGCCGGAGCCAGCGGGGGGCAGGGGCACGUAGUUGUGGCGGGCGGGGGGUUGUUACCAAUUAACCGGCUCCACUGGUUUUCCUUUAAAUCAUGAAAAAUCACACCUGCAGGGGAGCCGGCUUGCGGCUUCCCAUCCCCAGUGGAGGCCCCAGGCUGCGGCCAGGAGAAGGUGGUGGGCAUGGCGGGCACCCUGGAGCCGGACCCACCUAUGGAAGCUGGUGGGGAUGAGCGGCCCAAGUGGGACAACAAGCUCCAGUGCCUCCUGAGCUGCGUCGGGUUUGCCGUGGGCCUGGGCAACCUCUGGAGGUCCCCGUACCUGUGCCAGACCUACGGGGGAGACACCUUCCUCAUCCCCUACCUCAUCGCGGCCUUCGAGGGCAGCCGCUUCCACAUCGAGCUCACCAUUGGCCAGCGCCUGCGCAGGGGCAGCCAGGUGUGGAUGGCCAUCUCGCCCUACCUGGGCACCUCUCUGCUGGGCAUGCACUGCGACACGGUCCUGGCCAGCAUGCACUGCGACACGGUCCUGGCAUGGGUGCUGUGGUACCUCCCCAGCUCCUCCCACCCGCUGCCCUGCAGUGCCUGCCCGCCGGACCUCAACCACACGGGCACUGCUCUCGGGGGGGAAUGCCGGGACAGCAGCGCUGUGAGCCUCUUCCGGUACCGGCAGACACUAAACGUCACGGCCGACACCAACGACAGUGGCUCUGUCCAGUGCUGGCUGCGGGUCUGCUUGACGGCCUCCUGGGCCAUGGUGUACCUGUGCGUCAUCAGAGGCACUGAGACCACUGGGAAGGUGCAAUUUUUCAUGGCCUCGUUCCCACACCUGCUCCUCUCGGUUUUCCUCAUCAGAGGACUCACCCUGCCUGGGGCAACCGAAGGACGGACCUACCUAUUCGCGCCCGACAUGCAGGUCCUGCAGAGCCCCCGGGUGUGGCUGGAUGCAGCCACCCAGAUACUCUUUUCUCUGUCCCUGGCCUUCGGAGGACACAUCACUUUUGCAAGUUACAACCCGCCCAGGAACAACUGUAAGAGGGACGCGUUGACCAUCGCCCUGGUCAACGGCAUGACCUCCCUCUGUGCGCCCAUUACUGUCUUCUCUGUCCUGGGGUUCAAGGCGGCCAGCGACCACGGGCGCUGACUGGAUGGGGGAGCACGAAACAUCCGCUGCCUCGUCAACGCCUUCGAUCUCCCCAACCAGAGCAUCUCCAGGGAGGACUACGCGGCUGCCCUCGCGCACCUUGACUCCACCUGGCCCGAGCGGGUGGGGCUCCCCCUGGAGGCCUGCUGCCUGGAGGACUUCCUGGAUAAGAGCGCCCCGGGCACAGGCCUGGCCUCCGUCGUCGUCACGCAGGCGCGCCCCCACGUGCCGGGGGCCCCCGUUUGGGCCGUGCUCUUCUCAGUGGGGCUGUUCAGCCUGGGCCUGACGUCCAUGCUCAGGAACACGGAAAGCGUCGUCACACCACUCCUGGACUUGAAGGCCACGCCCAGAUGGGUCCCCAAGGAGGCCCUCCCUGCAGGGCCUGUCCUCACUGCCCUGCUGCCUCUACCCUCUGGCUGGCCCGCCUGCUUCACGCUGCGGGCGGGAAACUACUGGCUCGAGACCUUUGACCGCUACGUCGCUUCCCUGGACCUGAACCUCUUCGCGUUCUCCGAGGUGGCUGGUGUCAUUUAUGUUUAUGGGAUGAAACGGUUCUGUGACGACAUAGCAUGGAUGAGUGCGCGGCCCGGCCUCUACUGGCAGGCGACCUGGAAGGCUGUCAGCCCCCUGCUGCUGCCGACCACCUUUGUGGCCUACAUUGCCCUCUUGGCCAGCUCACCCCGGGGCGAGGCCUGGAACCCCCAACACGUAGCUCCCCUCGGGCAGGAGCAGGCCUGCCCGGGCUGGGUGCGGGCCCCCUGCGCGCUCCUGUCCUCCCUGCCUGCACUGUGGGUCCCGCUGGCCCCGCUGCUCACCCGGCACAGACAGAAGCGGCAGCACAGGCGUCCGAAGCUGCACGGCGGUGGGGGGGGGGCGGCCGAGGGCGGGGCCGGGGUGGCAGGGGGGGGCCCUGCCUGUGCCGGAGCCCGACCACGCCAGCACACACCCGCCUGACCCGAGGCCCGCGGUUGUUGCUCCCGACACCGUCGCGCCCUCCAGACCAGCUCGCGGCACAGCCCAGCGCCGACACUGCAGUCCACGCGCUUCCCCAGAUGGGGGACAGCCCGCCGUCUGCCUCCUGGGCCCUGCGGCGGGCCAGGCACUGUACCCGGCGACUCCACGGGCAAACAACUGGGGUGCCGACAGCCAGGCCAGCAGUAGGGGGGCAUCUGGGAAGGCCCAGCCACACCCCACAGCCGAGGGGUCUCGUGCCACGCGAGCUUGGGAACCUGCAGGCAGGGCCGGUCUCCAAGGAAAAGCAGACUGCGUUCUCUGCCAUGAGGCCCCGCCCCAUAGAAGUCCCUUUCUUUACCUAGAGCUCUGGAGUCACGGGGAGGGUCUGGUGUGCUGCACGUGAUGGGGAAUCUCGGGGGUGUGGGUCCGUCUCGACCGAUGUUCGGGCCACCCAAUGCAGAGACUCGUCACAGAAGCACGGCCCAUCCCGUUCUCAAAGGCCAGGGAGCUGCGGCGGGAAAGCCAGCAGCGAGGCCGCCUCUUCCCAGGCUUGGCUCAGAAGCCCUGCCUUUAUUCUUAGAGACUUUCUCAGUCGAAUGUGUCAGGAAUGAUCAAAAAGGCCGAUUAUCACGCAGGUUUCGACUGCCUCCAGGGGAAGGCCGUCCUCACUCACACCCGGUCCUUCCUCCAGACAAGACCUGCCCACUCUCGAGCCCAUUCGCCUCCGCCCGCCCUCCUCCGACAGCCAGGGGUCGGCACUACGGCGCUGGGCACUGGAUACACGGGCUUGCUUCCAGCCCCAGCCCCGCGGCCUCACUCAAGGAGACCGUGUGUGUCCUUGUAUCCUGCUGGGAACACGUCCCGCUAAGCUCCAGUCCCAGGCGGGGCCAACGCUGUCCGUGGUCCUGAACCACCCCCAGCUGACAAGUGCCACGGUGUGGCCAGGCAUGCGUGAGGGGGCCCUCCUCGCCCUCGGCAGCCCAGACCCCAGCAAACAGAAGCACGUGCACUACAGCCCACCUAAGAGGAGCUGAGUAUUAAUGCGGGGUUAACCCAAGAGUGCCCCCAGAGUGAGUCCUAAGCCGCACGGGGAGCCCGGGGCCCGCACGUUGCCCGCUCCGUGCCACACUCCGUGGCUCGUGGCCCCUUCCUCCAUCAAAAAGCCAACACAGCCGCGAGUCUUCUCAGCCUCCCUCCUCCACGUUCAGGGACCCUGGGCUUCCAGUGGGUCCGCCCAGGGGAUCCGGGAUCACGUCCCGGCUUCAGGUUAGCUGAUUAGCUACAAACUCCACCUGCACCUGUAAUGCCCCUUUGCCACGUCCAGUGGCGUGGAUCCGGGGUUAGGGUGGCGUCUUUGGGGGUCAUUAUUCUCCCGCCAGCGCCUGGGGGACUCUGAGCUGCCAGGUCUGGGAAGCCCUCUGCUCUACAGCGAGCUUCACAGCUGAGCGUCCCGUGGCUGGGCCAGCACACCCCAGGGCUAUGGCGGUGAGGGGAGCAGCGCCGUGGGGCUGAGGGCCCCCGGGCAUCGUCCGUGCCCUGCUUUCACUCCUGCCCCUCGUGCCUUUCACACCUUGGCUUCUCUGGCUGUGCACACAUCUGGGGGCACGGGAGUCAGGGGCUCCUUCACCUGCAGUUCAGACCUAGGGAAGCCCAAGAAACUAGACGGUUUUUCUUUGCUUCUCAGAAUUUUAUUAUUUUCAUGUUUCACCCUGAGGAGACUCGGUAGUCUGCGUGGUGAUUUAAAACAAUAGAUAAAUCAGAGUGAGGUCUUACUCAGUUGCGCCUGACCAGAGCACACGCCCUUCCCAAGGGUUUUACGCUUUAGUAAAAUACAAGCGACUCUGAGUAAAACUGGGACAAAAUGCAUGUAGUAGAUAAGGUUCUAGAGGCAUGCAGAAGGCAGAA